GGAGCCCGACCGGCGCGCACGUCCCGCGUCCCAGCUCCCGCGAACUUCGCGAGUGUCGUGACCGUCGUGUGUACAAUGAUCGCCCGUGCGCUCGCCGUGCUAGCCGCCGCGGCGCUCGCGCUCGCCGCCCCCGACCCCUGCUACGAGGACGGCCGCCCGCGCCGCUGCAUCCCCGACUUCGUCAACGCCGCUUUCGGAGCCCCCGUCGCCGCUUCCUCCAUCUGCGGCCGCCGAGGCCCUGAGCGCCUCUGCGACCCACCAGGAGACGAUGAACCCGAAAAUGCCUGCAGGGUCUGCGACGCCACCCGCUCCGAUCGCCGCAACCCACCCACUCAUCUAACCGACUUAAACAACCCUUCUAACGUUACCUGCUGGCGCUCAGCCGCUCGCCCCGUCUCCUACGAAUCCCCUCCCGACAACGUCUCUCUAACCCUCUCCUUGGGCAAGAAAUACGAGUUGACAUACGUGAGCCUCCAGUUCUGCCCGAAAGCUGCACGACCGGAUUCCGUAGCGAUCUACAAGAGCGCGGAUUAUGGGAUGACCUGGCAACCGUUUCAAUUCUACUCGAGCCAGUGCCGUCGCGUUUACGGCCGGCCUAACAAAGCUUCGGUGACAUCGGCUAACGAGCAGGAAGCUAGAUGUUCAGAUUCCCAUAGGAUGGCCGGUGAGAGUGCUAGCGGUUCUCGUCUCGCGUUUUCGACACUGGAAGGUCGUCCAAGUGCUCCGAACUUCGACGUAUCGCCGGUGUUACAGGACUGGGUGACUGCUACGGAUGUGCGUGUAGUGUUUAACCGUCUGCACAUGGUGACUGAGGGUGACGAGGUGGAUUACAAGAAGCAGGCGGCGGGCGGGACGCAGCACUACGCUGUGUCGGAUUUCGCUGUGGGUGGACGUUGCAAGUGUAACGGGCACGCUUCUCGCUGUGUUCCUAUGAAGGGGGAGGAAGGUCAGCAGCAGCUGGCUUGUGACUGUCGGCACAACACAGCGGGCCGGGACUGCGAGAGAUGCAAGCCGUUCCAUUUCGACCGGCCGUGGGGACGCGCGACGGCGAGGGACGCCAAUGAAUGCAAAGAAUGCAACUGCAACGGGCACGCACGCCGCUGUCGGUUCAACAUGGAGCUAUACAAACUGUCCGGCCGUGCCAGCGGAGGUGUCUGCCUCAAGUGCAGACACUUUACUGCUGGCAGACACUGCCAUUACUGCCGGGAGGGGUAUUAUAGAGACCCUACCAAGCCUAUCACGCACAAGAAGGCUUGCAAACCAUGCGACUGCCAUCCAGUGGGAGCGAGCGGCAAAACCUGCAACCAGACGAGCGGGCAAUGCCCGUGCAAGGACGGCGUGACCGGCACCACGUGUAACCGCUGCGCUAAGGGCUACCAGCAGUCGAGGAGCCACAUUGCGCCAUGCAUACCGGCGGAUCAGUGCGGCCGGUGCCGCGCCGGCGCACGCACGCUAAACCUCAACAAGUUCUGCAGCCGAGACUACGUCAUAAUGGGCAAGGUGGUCGGUCGCGAGGCGAACGCCCCGGGCGACGAGUGGGCGCGGCUGCAGCUCAGCGUGCAGGCGGUGUACAAGCGCGGCCCGCGGAGCCGGCUGCGGCGCGGCGCCGCGCCGCUUUACGUGCGCGCCAGGGACCUCGCAUGCAAGUGCCCGAAGCUCAAGAUUAACAAGUCAUACCUAAUCCUAGGAGUGGAAAAAGAAGGAGCCUCAUCAGGAAUGCCAGGGCUGACGAUCGGCGAACGGACCCUGCUGCUGGAAUGGCGCGACGACUGGCACCGACGCAUUCGACGCCUCCAACGCCGGGCCAUCAACUGCCAUUAAGACUACACACGGGGCCAACUUCAGGUCAACCGAACGAAUAUGUCGAACCAAUAGCGGCCCGCCGCGCCGCCGCCAUUUUGUAAAGAACUCGCGACGCCAUCUUGGCGACGACUGUAACUUGUUUGACGUUUAGUGGUAACUAUUGUCCGAUUGUAGCUGCCACUGUUUUGCGUAGUAACUUUUAAUAUUCGCCAGUUUUUACUCAUAAUUUUUAAUACCAAAAAUAUCUUAAAUCGUCUUUUCUACUUCCUAGGGUUACGUUAUAAAAAUGUACAUUAAAAGAUUUAUUUAUUUAACAAAUUUAAGAUAGGGCUACCGAUUGUUUCGUUCCAUUACUUGCAUUUUUGUAUAAUUGUUACUUAUGGAAUGCAUGUUAUUAUAUUAUAAGGAAACAACUGCCAGCGUCGGAUUUACCAUUUUGACAGAGUCGUGGUAAAGUCAUAAAAUACUGAAUUUUAGUAUGACACGGUGACAAACUAUCCCAUGUUUUUAUAGGAUAUCCAAGUGUCACUUCUAAUACUACAAGGCCACUGAGUCAAGAAAUAUCAUAGAUGUUCGUAUGUAUGUAUGAGGAAGUACUUAUCGAUCGACAAGAUUUGUCGAUUGUCGAUAUCUCUAUCUGGCCUAACUUAAUUUUUAUGUCGUGUCGAUUGUACAAGUUAGAUAUAGGUCAUUCACGCGAUAGUCACAAUGGUUUAUAUACCUCAUUUAUUAAUAUAGACUUAUAUCGUUAAGGGUUACAUAUUUAAUUUAUGAUAGCUUAGAUUUUCUACUUGCGCGACUUAUUAUGAAAACGCUCGAUUGUAAAAUAGGGCUCGUUUAUACCGCCUGAUAUCGAGUUUGAAUGAAGUAAUACUUGAUAACGUUAUCAGUUUUAAAAUAUGAACUCAAUUAAAGUUGCUACCUUUUGCUUGCGUAGAAAGUGGCCAAAGUCGUGAAUAUUUGCACAAUCAGCCAACUAAAGGGGCCUUCAGACUGGACCGUCCGGGGAACUGAUAAUCUGUUGGUCCCUUUAGAGGACUUUUUGCUCUACGAAGUUUUCUAAGCACUAUUAUCCAUGGAGGGCAAUGACCUCAAACUAAAACUGCCAUGUAAGACUGUUAAUGCGGGAGAGAGACAGACAGAAUGUUGCUGUUUCACCCUUUUUUGUUGAAAUAUGCAUUUUGUUCAUGAAAUAUCUUUUAUUCAAUUGACUUUGGUUAUUUUAACGCUGAAUAGUGCAGAUCGGUUUGAUACCUUUAUAUGAUGAUAUGUAUUCGUAUAAAAGGUUAUGUUAGUGAAGUUAAAUUUAAUAAUUCACUAUAGGCUAAACUAUCAGAAAAUUUUAUUUAAUAUGUUUCAAAUUCUUGCCAAAGCAGUGUACAGUUAUUAAAAACACGUUUUUUUAUAUCUCUGAAAGUUUAGGCCACUGUCAUACUAUCACUUUAUAUAAUUUUGUCAUACAAGUUUCUUAAUUACUAUAUCUAUAUAUUAUGUCUGGUGAAUCCAGAAGAAAACUCACCAUGUUAAUUUAUAAAAUACCUACAUAUAUGAAUAAAUUUAAAAUAGCGACAGUCUGCUAAUCAAUAACAAUAUCGAAGUACAUGAACAAUAUGCGCCUAUGAAGGUAUGUACAGUAUUAUUAGCUUUACUAAGUUUAAAUACUAACUAUAGAGCUGAGAAUGAAAUUGUGACGUCAUUUUCUGUAUUAAAAAAAAAAAAAACAAUUUACUAACUUACAUCCUAGCGUUUGUCCGUUUUCAUUUGCGAAACGUUUCUAGAAAGAAGAAAGAAUAUUAUCAUCAUCCUCCUUGCGUUAUCCCGGCAUUUGCCACAGCUCAUGGGAGCCUGGGGUUCCCUUUGACAAUUAAUCCCAAGAUUUGGCAUAGUCUUGGCGAAAGAAGAAAGAAUAUAAAGUAAAGUUAAUUCACGGUUAUUUUCAUUAGACUUACAUUGACCGGGAUAUAGACCGUGAUUACCUUUUUGAUUUUUGUCGAGCUCCCAAUAUUUCGACGCAGUUGCACGCAUCAUGAUCACGGAAAACUGACGAAGGCUGACUGACUGAGCUCGACAAAAAUCAAAAACGUUAUCAGGGUCUAUAUCCCGGUCAAUAUAAGUCUAAUAAAAUUAAUUCUCCUUUAAAAUUUCUAUAAUCAUAUGUCCUUUGUGACAAAUCGACUUAGAAAUCCUUUCCUGGAUAUUCUUCCUUCAUUAUCACAAUGACUAAACGAACCGUUUUACCGUUAAACUAUCGCAUUCCCCAGGUGCAAAUAAUACACAAUCAUGACAAUUGAGCUGUCAAAAUUACACGCCCAUACAAAAGGAACGAACUCAAUACCUUUGAUAUUCAAAUUUGAACCAAGUUUCAUUGUAACAAGUUGGACUUUUGAAUAGAUUUGCGGAUGCAGUUAAAACUUGUAUAAAUUACGCAUUCGAUUGUGAACAAUGGUGCAAAUCAUCCAACGUUCAAUCGAUAAGCAUCGGGUGCCAACAAUCAUCUGUGAUUGGCUGAACAGCGGAACAGUUUAACCUUAAUUUAAUCUAAAUAUUAUUUGCAAGAGGAAAGCGUCUAAAAAAUUACCUGCAUACUAGCUAUAGUAGCUAUAUUUUAUAAUAUAACUGCUAGUCUGAUCAAGCUAAGUUUGCAGCGGUUUUGUUAGCACAAACUGGGAAAGUUGUAUUUUAAACGCCAAAAUUCUAUGAAAUUAUGACUCGGACAGUCAUCAUUUAUGACGAUUUAUUGUGCUUUUAAUGUAUU